AUGUUAAAGGUCGAGUUGGUCUUUAUUUACUUGAACGAUUUGGUCAGGGUUCCGGCUCCUCCCACGUCUUUGGAGCGUGACGACGUCAGUGACGAUACCAGCGAUAGUGAUGAUGAGUGGGGCAUCGUCCAUCGUCCAGAUCUACAACCGAGGAGCUUCAAGUCUAGUCAUGUACGGAUGGAAACUACCUUUCAAGGCGUUCGAGUUUCGUUUGUGCUCGUUAUCACAUGGCCAGCAAAUCACGGUCCCCUCCACCUCCGCUUGCAGCGAACACGAGCAACGUGGACAUUCAGUACAACGACGUUGUCCCCGCAAAUCACCACACUCAGCUUUGCUCAGAGACCAAUGUUCGGCAUUGGCUUCCUAACAUCUUCGGUCUUCGAUGCGUACGUAUCAGAUCGACUGGAGCGCGCCACUCGCCGGCAAUUGGAGUGGACGAGAGGUAGUCGACUGGGCAGCACGUUACCACUCGCACACAAGGUCCAGCACGCACAUGAUCCCGUGGCAACCCGAAAAAACUCCGAGUCGUCUGAAAGCAAGUGCAAAACGGUGGCGAGCAAGACGCUGACUGAUGCUGCUGCGGUCUCUAUCCAGCAUGAUCACAUACCGACUCGUGAACUUCAGGACAACAAAAGACGUCACCACGUCGUGCAGACCAAGAGAUCGACUGACAGAUUGAAGACAAUCAGAACAGCAGUACAAAAGAUUGAAUCACGGUACUUGUCGUACGACAAAUCCCCCGCAUAUCUCACCAAGCGCAUGGAGAAUCAAAUACGUCGCCGUGCAUCGCAAUUCUCUCGUGAAAGACCACGACAGCCCUAUCCAUAA